AAAAACAACGAGUACUUGGUGCUCUUUCCUCGUGUUACCUCGCAUGUGAUAUACCCAUAUACGAGUUCUCUGAUUCUCUCCCAAGCCAUGUCACUCUUGUAAUAAACCUCAUCUUCACGAGGGCAUCAAGGUCAACCAAAUUAGUGGAUAAAUGAUGCCAACUGCGCUGCUCUAAUUAAUGGCCUCUGCCUCAACUCUUAAGAGGAAAGGAAAAUGGUUUUUACUAUUAAAGUGUGUUCUUUAUUUAUUUUUUGGAAUUAUUGUUUACUUUCUUGCCUUGCUCACUAGCAUCAACAACGCCACUCUUUGCAGCAUCUUUGAGGGGAGAAGGCUUGGAGAGAGAUUGGUUUUGCCGCUUUUUAUGGUUGUUCUGAUCUUGUUCUGUGUCCUAGUCUGAUAUAUUCUGCUUUUGCCAGUGGUUUAUUUUUUGUAAAUAUUAUCUUCUUCAGUUGGGUGGUUUCAAAUUCAAGAAUUAUCUAAGUGUCUAGUUGCCAGAUUUGAUAGUUAUUCUUGUUUUGUAUUAAUAAAUUCCUGUAUUGUUGACCCUUUUGGAUCACAUGGAUUUGGUCUGGCAGAUAGCUUCUUGAUUUCCCUACAUUUUUCGUUGAUCUGAUCGAAAUAGCAAGACUGGAUAUUUUAUUUUCGAAGUUUUAAUCAAGAACGGAGAAGAAAAUGGAAUCCGAUCUUCAACAUCACCAUCAUUUCCUUCAUGAUCAUCAACAACACCAACAACAUCACCAGAAACAAAUGAACUCUGGCUUGACGAGGUACCAAUCUGCGCCAGGCUCGUAUUUUUGUGGUUUCCUAGACAGGGAACUCUGCGAAGAGUUCCUUAAUAGGCCAACAAGCCCUGAAACAGAAAGAAUUUUCGCAAGAUUUCUGGCCAAUUCUGGUGGCAAAACAGAGAACAUGUCAAACCAAAACUUCGGAGUAAUUAAGCAAGAUUCUCCAGUGAGAGAAGCAGUGGCACAAGUUAAUCAGCAAGCUCAGCUUAUGGCUUCAGUGAAUAAUAAUGAUGCGAGGUUGCAUCAACAACAACAUCAGCAGCAGCUGCUGCGGCAACAGAGCAAUUAUUCCUCCUCUUCACGGAGUUUUUAUCAAAACCAAUCAAGACCACCGUUACCAGAUAAGAAUUCAGGUUCUGGUGUGGAUUAUAGGAUGGUGGGAAUGGAGCGGUUGCCACAGAUGAAGAGUACUACUAGAGGCAGUAAUUCGAGUCUUGUUCGUCACUGUAGCUCACCUGCAGGACUUUUCUCCAACAUAAAUGUCGAAAUGGAUAAUGGCUAUGCUGUAUUGAGAGGAAUGGGAGAUUUUGGAGCAGGUAAUAGAGAAACAUCUUAUUCUGCAGCUAGUAGGCCGCCACCUCAUUCUUCAGGGCGAAUGAGUCCAAUUGCUGAAAUUGGGAACAAAAACAUUGGAAAAAAUAGCCCUGAGAAUAGUGGUUUUGGUGAAACUCGCAGCAACAAUUAUGUCACAGGUUUCCCAAUCGGUUCUUGGGAUGAUACAAGUGCCAUCUCUCCUGGUGCUGGUGUAAAAACACUAACAGAUGAUGAUAGGACUCUUUCUGGCCUAAAUGCAUUCGAAACUCUGGUAAGCGGAGAUUCGAGAAAUCACCCUCCCAUGUUGGCUCAUCACUUGAGUUUGCCAAAAACCUCCGCUGAAAUCUCUGCCAUUGAAAAGUUUCUGCAAUUGCAUGAUUCUGUGCCUUGCAAGAUUCGGGCUAAGCGUGGAUGUGCCACUCAUCCCAGGAGCAUUGCAGAGCGGGUGAGAAGAACUCGAAUUAGUGAACGAAUGAGGAAACUACAAGAUCUUGUACCUAACAUGGAUAAGACAAACACAGCAGACAUGUUGGAUUUGGCUGUUGACUACAUUAAAGACCUUCAAAGACAGGUCGAGACACUAUCAGAUAUUCGUGAAAAGUGUACGUGCACAAGCAAGCAGCAGCAGCAGCCGCCGCCCUAGCAGAUGCCCAAGAAUGACUUGGUUAUAUGUAUAGAUUAUUUAGUAAGAAUUUGCAUAAGUAGAUGGUGUAAAAUACAAGCUGGCUUAUGUUUUGUACUAAAAAAACACAGAGAUAUGUAAUAGCCAACUCAAACCUAUUGCGAAAUAGAAAAGAAUAGGGGUACAGCGGUAGCUUUGGUUGUAUGUUAUAAAUUAAAUGUGUUUCUAUCAAGUUAUCGAGCUUAACCAACUUAAGGUGAGCUUAUGCGUUUUAUGGAAACAGACAAUAGAGAUUUGGUUUGCA